GUUGACCUGAUAUCAAAACACCAAGAAUGAAGCUUCAGAGGGGCAUACUUGCCAAUCCGCAAUGCUUGUCUGUUCUUCGUCCAGCAAUCUGCUUGGCGAAUGUUGCAGUAUCGAGAGCCUUCUCUACCUCCUCCCAACUGGCUCAACAAUCCGGCUCGAAACCCAAGAAGACCGAGCACCGUUACAACUAUAACACUAGCCUAGCAUGGGAGGAAGAACCCGAUCCGAAUCAUGUGAGAUACCGCCGCGUAACGGCCAAGGACCUGGCCCAUCGGCGUGAGCCUCCCACAAAGGUCAAGAUGUUGGCGAGAGACUUCAUAGACGACAGCCUAUAUAACCCUCAUUAUGGAUAUUUUGCAAAACAAGCCACCAUCUUCUCCAGCAACCCACCAGAAGCUGCCAAUGCUGCAUCUAGGUCAUCAUCCGCCUCGUCGUCUGGAGGUGUUCCUGAUACGCCGGGGUUCCAAAUACCCUCAUAUCCCAACCUGACAGCGUUCCAAGAGGAUGUUGCCGAGAAGUACGAUCAGACGUACGGGGAACUCGUGCCGGAGCCUUCUGGCUCUGGCGAAGUUCGAGGAGGAAAGGGCGGGCUCGGCAGACAAGUUUGGCACACUCCGACGGAACUGUUCAGACCUCACUAUUCCAGGAUCAUCGCAAAAUCCCUGUUGACUCACUACAAACUGCAUCAUUGGCCUUACAACGACCUCAUAUUAUAUGAGAUCGGAGCAGGGAACGGUUCCCUCAUGAUCGAUGUCAUGACAUACCUAAGGGAGUUUCACCCUGAUGUCUAUGAGUGCACGAAAUAUACGAUCAUCGAGAUCUCGGAAGCGCUAGCUACAAGGCAAAGGGAACGAAUUAUCGAAUAUGGAUUGGAAGGCAAGGUCACUGUCGAGAACAAGGACUUCUUCGAUUGGCAAGGCGGCAGUAAGGAUCCGUGCUAUUUUGUCGCCCUCGAGGUUUUUGACAAUUUUGCACAUGACAUGAUUCGCUACGACAUGACGACGAUGACUCCCCUACAAGCGGUAGUCUGCAUCGACGGAUCAGGCGACUUUUCACUGCUGUACGAGCAAGUCACGGACCCGCUAAUCCGACGUUACCUCGGCUACCGGCGGCAUGUCAACUACCCAUACUCACCGACGAGCUUGACUUCGCUCUGGAAAAAGUCGGCGAACCCGCUACCUCUAAAUCCCCUACUGGCCGCUUCGCCAUUGCUGCGGAAGAUCUAUAAUGCCAUGCCUUUCGCGCCCAAUCUUUCACCGCCAGAGUUUCUGCCGACAAAGCAGAUGGUAUUCCUGGAACGACUUAGAGAUCGCCUUCCCGGUCAUCGGCUGCUCGUUAGCGAUUUUGAUACUCUACCCGACGCGGUCGAGGGUAAGAACGGGCCUGUAGUACAGACCAGAUAUGGGGGCGACAUGGUUCCGUGCGAGACGUUCUUGGUCAAGCAGGGUUACUUUGACAUCUUCUUCCCAACUGACUUUGAGAUGUUGAAGGAAAUCUACUCGGUCAUCAUGACUACCCCGGCUAAUCGGCGUCUGUCGCCCGGUUACUUUUCGCCUCACUCGGCUGCUACCGGAUCCAGCGCACAUUCGCAAUCCGACCUGAUGGGUACACACGGAUUCAAGCAUCGGCACGUCGCAGUAUACUCGCACGCAGAGUUCUUGCAGGGUUUCGGGGACGAGGCCAGUAUCUCUGGCACUACCACGAAGGACAAGACCAACGUCAUGUUGAGCAUGUACAAAAAUGCCAAGUUCAUGUUCUAGGUCGAAUGCGUAUAUAUAUUCAGACGAAAAUUAUGACAUAGAUGUGG